AUGCCGAACGCCGGCGGCCUCGACCAGGCGCUGAAGAUGUCCCUGCAGAGGAGGAAGUCCAAGAUCCACUCGGCGGCGGGACCCCUUUGCCCCCCUUCGGGCUACAAGAAGGCGGAUGAUGAGAUGUCCGGGGCCAUGUCCUCUGUGGACCACGAGGAGGCAGCAGCCCGCACCAUUUACUUGAACCAGCCCCAGCCCAGCAAGUUCCAUGACAACCGGGUCAGCACAGCCAAGUACAGUGUGGUGACAUUUCUACCUCGAUUCUUAUAUGAGCAGAUCAGAAAGGCUGCUAACGCUUUCUUCCUCUUCAUUGCCUUAUUGCAGCAAAUUCCAGAUGUCUCUCCAACUGGAAGAUAUACCACCUUGGUGCCAUUGCUAUUUAUUCUAACCGUUGCUGGCAUCAAAGAGAUUAUAGAAGACUAUAAAAGACACAAGGCCGACAGUACAGUGAACAAAAAGAAAACAGUUGUUUUAAGAAAUGGGAUGUGGCAAAACAUUAUGUGGAAAGAGGUGGCAGUGGGAGAUAUUGUCAAGGUCACCAAUGGGCAACACCUCCCAGCAGACAUGAUCAUUUUGUCUACCAGUGAACCUCAGGCCAUGUGCUAUAUUGAAACAUCUAAUCUUGAUGGGGAGACAAAUCUUAAAAUUCGACAGGGCUUGACACAGACUGCUAGUCUCCAAUCAAGAGAAGUGUUGAUUAAAGUGUCUGGGAGGAUAGAGUGUGAAGGACCCAACCGCCAUCUUUAUGACUUCACUGGAAACCUGCGUUUCGAUGGCCAAAGUCCAGUUCCCAUUGGACCUGAUCAGAUCUUACUAAGAGGUGCGCAGAUAAGAAACACCCAGUGGGUUUUAGGAAUAGUCGUCUAUACAGGACACGAUACAAAACUUAUGCAGAAUUCAACCAAAGCUCCCUUGAAGAGAUCAAAUGUGGAAAAAGUGACCAAUAUGCAGAUCCUUAUUUUGUUUUGCAUCCUCGUUGUCAUGGCUCUCGUGAGUUCUGUGGGUGCCUUAUUAUGGAACAGAACCCAUGGCAAAGUCAUCUGGUACCUUGGCUCAAAUGAAGCGCUGUCAGUCAACUUUGGAUAUAAUCUGCUCACCUUCAUAAUCUUGUACAACAACCUCAUUCCCAUCAGUCUGCUGGUGACUCUGGAAGUAGUGAAGUUUACUCAGGCUCUUUUUAUAAACUGGGACAUAGAUAUGUAUUAUAAUGAAACAGACACACCUGCAAUGGCCAGAACUUCAAAUCUUAAUGAGGAGCUUGGCCAGGUAAAAUACCUGUUUUCUGAUAAAACGGGCACCUUAACAUGCAAUAUCAUGAACUUUAAGAAAUGUAGUAUUGCUGGAGUUACAUACGGUCACUUUCCAGAACUGGUCAGAGAAUGUUCAUCAGAAUAUUUCAGCCAGCUGGCUCCUUCCACCAGCGAUUCUUGUGAAUUCGAUGACCCAAGACUGUUGCAAAAUAUCGAGACUGAUCAUCCCACAGCUGCUCACAUCCGAGAAUUCCUCAGGCUCUUGGCUGUGUGUCACACCGUAGUUCCUGAAAGAGACGGGAACAAGAUAAUCUACCAGGCUUCUUCUCCAGACGAAGGAGCCUUAGUCAAAGGAGCAAAGAAGCUUGGCUAUGCUUUCACUGGAAGGACUCCAGAUUCCGUUAUCAUUGAUGCGCUAGGUGAAGAGGAGACAUUUGAGAUCCUUAAUGUGUUGGAAUUUUCAAGUAAUAGAAAGAGAAUGUCUGUCAUUGUUCGGACUCCAGCGGGGCAACUACGUCUCUACUGCAAAGGAGCUGAUAAUGUCAUUUUUGAAAGGCUUUCCAAAGAUUCCCAGUACAUGGAACAAACAAUGUGCCAUCUUGAAUAUUUUGCCACUGAAGGUUUGAGGACUCUGUGCAUUGCAUAUGCAGACCUCUCAGAAAACUCUUACCGGGAUUGGUUGAAUGUUUAUAAUGAAGCCAGCACCAUCUUGAAAGACAGGACUCAGAAGCUGGAGGAAUGCUAUGAGAUCAUUGAAAAGGAUUUACUGCUUCUUGGAGCAACGGCCAUUGAAGACCGCCUUCAAGCGGGUGUCCCAGAAACCAUAUCCACAUUAAUGAAAGCAGAGAUCAAGAUUUGGAUUCUGACAGGGGACAAACAAGAAACAGCUCUGAACAUAGGCUACUCCUGCCGGUUAGUGUCUCAGAGUAUGUCUCUCAUCCUUCUGAAUGAAGAUUCUUUGGAUGCAACAAGAGCUACGCUGACCCAGCACUGCACGAGCCUGGGUGAUUCGCUGGGCAAAGAAAAUGACAUUGCUUUGAUUAUUGAUGGCCAGACGUUGAAGUUUGCCCUUUCUUUUGAGGUCAGACAGUCCUUCCUGGACCUUGCGCUGUCAUGCAAGGCAGUCAUUUGUUGCAGGUAG